AUGGUGCACAGAUUUGUUUUUCUUUCUAUUCUCUUUUUAUUCCCACUGUACAGCCUAAUCUAUCAACUCCACUUUUAUCACAUCUGUCUAUUACAACCAACUCCUAUCUAUCUAUCUAUCUAUAUAUAUAUCUAUCUAUCUAUCUAUCUAUCUAUCUAUCUAUCUAUCUAUCUGAGUCUGUUUUCUUUAUAUCUAUCUCAAUCUCUAUCUAUGUCAGUUUCUUUUUCUUUAUAUCUAUCCAUCUAUUUAUCUAUUUCAGUUUGUUCCUAUCUAUCUAUCUAUCUAUCUAUCUAUCUAUCUAUCUAUCUAUCUGUAUAUCUCAGCUCAUUUCUGUUAAUGUUAAUCUCUCUCUUAUCUACCUAUCUAUCUGUCUGUUUUCUUCAUAUCUAUCUAUCUCAAUCUCUAUCUAUGUUUGUCUCUUUUUCUUUAUAUCUAUCUAUUUCAGUUUGUUCCUAUCUAUCUAUCUAUCUAUCUAUCUAUCUAUCUGAGUCUGUUUUCAUCAUAUCUAUCUCAAUCUCUAUCUAUAUAUCUAUCUCAAUCUCUAUCUAUGUCAGUUUCUUUUUCUUUAUAUCUAUCCAUCUAUCUAUCUAUUUCAGUUUGUUCCUAUCUAUCUAUCUAUCUAUCUAUCUCAAUCUGUUCAUAUCUAUCUAUCUAUCUAUCUAUCUAUCUAUCUAUCUAUCUAUCUAUCUCAGUCCAUUUCUGUUAAUGGCUAUCUAUCUAUCUAUCUAUCUAUCUAUCUAUCUCAUACAGAUAUUUCUUUAUAGCAAUCUUGAUAUCCAGGCCAACUUUAUUCAAAUCUCUCUUUAUAUCUAUCAGUUUUUCACUGAAUGUCCCUAUCUAUCUAUCUAUCUAUCUAUCUAUCUAUCUAUCUGUCUGUCUGUCUGUUUUUGUUCAUAUCAUAUACUCUUGCUUAACCAAUUCAAACUGUUCAUGUAUAUCACUUUGUGUUAUCUGUCUUUCUGUCUUUUCCUCUUCCACACACUCUCAGAUACAAGCAAAUACACUCAGUUGAAUAUCUAUCUAUCUAUCUAUCUAUCUAUCUAUCUAUCUAUCUAUCUAUCCCAGAUCGCUCUUUCUUUAUUUCUAUUUUUCUAUCAACUUUCCAGGAAGUAUCCUUUUCCAAAUUUCUCUCUCUCUCUCUCUCUCUCUCUCUCUCUCUCUCUCUCUCUUCCAGCCUUUUUAUAUCACUCUUUAUUUCUAUCUAUCUAUCAACUUGCCAGGAUUUGA